AUGCCUCUCUGGGAGUCUUGUGGCUUCAAUGUAGUCCCUGCUCCAGGUGGCAACUAUGAGAUAUAUAAUAGUUACCUCGUGAAGAAGCAGUACGUCCCUGGAGCUCGGCUGCGCGAUCCGGAAUUCAACUUACCUGUGUGGUUCCGGAGGCGCGUCGAAUUCGAAUCGGGACACUUUCACGGUCCCAGGGGUGGGGAGGAAAUGAGCUACGCAUUAGCGCUCGGCGUGGAAGCCACGUUAAAUGACGAGUUUCCAUUUCCGGAGGGCGCAGAGCCCCAAGAUCCUGGUGUACCUCGAUUUCAUUGCGUUCAAGCUAGCGACGAGGUGGUGAUCGAGGAUCAUUACCUCGACAUUAUUGCCGCUGUGCCCAACGCAGCAUUGCGGAAUGUCGAUUAUGACGUCUGUAAUGCAUUUGCUCGGGCAGUCCGAAGACGCUUCGUGAUCCGCGACCCAGAUCGGGAAGAUCUCGGGGAAGUUCUCGCGGAACUCUUUGAUCGAACGAUCGAAGAAGUUCAUUUCGGAGCGAUAGAGCUCGGAACUGUGGGGAUUUCUCCGAGGAAUGACCCACUGCCCGCGGUGCAACGCAACGCGGCUGUUCCGUGUGAUUUCCAGCAUGUAAUCCCUGAACCUCCUACCAUAGUGAUCGACGUUGAUGGCCACCCUGCCCGUGCCUUGCUAGACACUGGGUCUAUGGCAGAUUUUAUCUCUGCACGGCUUGUUCAUCAACUAGGACUGAAGUCCUUUGAGCUGGCUAAACCUCUGCCUGUCCACCUCGCUGUACAAGGAUCUCGCUCCAAGAUACACUCUGGAUGUCAGGCUCAGGUGGCUUACCAAUCAAUUAAAGAGGUCCGACGCUUUGAUGUCGCAAAUUUAUCUACUUAUGAUGUGGUCCUGGGUACUCCCUUUUUCUUUCAACAUCAAGUGGCACUAGGUUUUAACCCUACCACCGUGGAAAUCGGCAGUACAAAAUCGCUUCCUAUUGAAGGUAAACGGUUGAAAGUACUCGAAUCUCGGGCCACAGAGAUCUAUGAGGAUCGUCUCGAAAGUGUACGCGAAUAUCUUCGUGAAUAUGCUAAGCCCAUCUGUAAGUCCACACAGGAUUCGCCGCUGCCUCCUCUGCGUGCUAUAAAUCAUGUUAUCCCUCUGAAGGACCCCGCUAAGGUUUACACUUGGCGACCCGCACGUUGUCCUGAACCUAUGUGCGCUGCCUGGACGGAAAAGCGAGCAGCUUACUUGCGGUCU